CAUCAUAGAGCAUCCCAGAGGCCAGAGGUAGAGUAGCUUACUGGUUGGAGAGGACUUCCUUUCUGUCUUUUUCCCACCUGUGGCAGCAGGGGUGGGACCGAGGGGUCCUCCCUUUCCCUGAGCUAUUACCUCAGUGCUCACUGAUGGCACAUAAUUCAGCGUGACCGUCACAGGCUUUUAACAACUUUUUCUUUGUGGGUGUGAGAGCUUGGGCACAGAGCCUGUUUUCCAAACUAGCGACCAGGACCAGUGGUUCAGGACAUGGUUUGACAAUACAGCAAAUACUUGAAAAUGGAGUCACGAUGGAAAAGCUGAGGGUCGUCUAGUCACUGUUGAGUUAGCAAUGGUGGCUUUGGCCACCUGCAGCCAGAGUUCUCGGUACUGGCCAGUGGACCACCCUCAGAGCCUUUUUGUUUGGCCAGAGUCCCAAGGGACUGGCUCCUUGCUGAACUGAGCUAGUCAUGUGGCUCCCCAGCCAGGUCCCAUGCUGCUCUUUAUUUCUAACAGAUACAGUGGGUAACGUUCUUAAGACUCAGCCCAGCUCUGCAAUCAGAAUAUGCUCAGGAGCCAAGGGCACUGGAGACAUUGAGAGCCUGGACUCUUCCCCGUCUGGUCAUGACCUCCAGGUAGAAACUUAGCCGUGUUGGAAGCCAAAAAAGACAUUCCAAGCUGGGCGGCGGUGGCAUACACCUUUAAUCCCAGCACUUGGGAGGCAGAGCCAGGCAGAUCUCUGUGAGUUCGAGGCCAGCCUGGUCUACAGAGCGAGAUCCAGGCCAGCCAGGACUACACAGAAAAAACCCUGUCUCGAGAAAAAAAAAAAGACAUUCUAGUGUGGAGGAUUCCAUCCUCCUUCCUUUUGUUACCCUGUCAGCUCCAUGGGAAGCUGUCUUCCACUCCAUGCCCAUCUCUCCUUCCGCGUAUCGCCCUGGAAUCUUAGAAUCCCUGGCAAGGCAUUCAUACUCUACCCAUGCAUGUCCAGUUCUGUACAGUCUGAGCAGCUCCACAGCUGGCUGCUCCACAGCUGGCUGUUCCACUCACGGCUCGUAAGUCAGCUUACUCCGUACCCAGUUGCUUCCUUCGCCAGGGUGUGGAGUAAGUCCAUUCUAGUGCAUGAGUCCCCUGACAAGCAUGACUCUUGGGUCUUCUAUGCCUUAGACUCUCCUUUAUACAAAGGGACUAGAGUGACCACUCAUACUGCCGUCCCACAGCUUGGCCUGACCCUACCUGGUGACCUCCUUGAGAUGGGUCUUAGCUGUGACUUUACUGUUCCCUAAGGAGAGACCAUGAUCUAGACCUUUGUAGUGAGGCUCAGGAAGGAGGGUCCUGAGCAACCAGGGGGCACAGUCGUCGUCUCCCCUUGACAUACCUACUACAGUUAGAGAGGCAGAAAGUUAGACUGUGAUACAAGCUAGGCUUGACAGUACUCACAACAACCUGGAAGCAGCUUGGAGGUCAGGCGUCCCUGGUGUGUUACGUUCCUGGGGUGCCUAGCAGUGACUCCAGGCUUCAUGGCUUAAGACAGCAGAUGUGGGGCUGGAGAGAUAGCUCAGAGGUUAAGAGCACUGACUGCUCUUCCAGAGGUCCUGAGUUCAAUUCCCAGCAACCACAUGGUGGCUCACAACCAUCUGUAAUGAGAUCUGGUGCCCUCUUCUGACCUGCAGUCAUAAUGCUGUAUACAUAAUAAAUAAAUAAAUCUUAAAAAAAAAAAAAAAGACAGCAGAUGUGUAUUCCCUCAGAGUUUUAGAUUUCCAGAAGUCUCCAAGUUCAGUUGUAGUAACUCGACAUGAAAGUAUUGGCGUGGCCAAAUGCUCUCAGAAGCUGUUUUUCUUUUAUUUUUUGUGGUAGGGUCCUUACUAUGGAAGGUUGGCCUUGAACUGAUUGUGUAGCCCAGGCUGGCCUUGAAAAUAGUAGUCCUAUAGCCUCAGCCUCCCAUGUGCUGGUGCAGGUGCAUAACAUCUGGUUCAGGAUGCCAUGAUCUUGGGGGCGGGGGUUUCCUCCUUGCCUCUUCUGGCAUCAAGUGGCUUUUUGUUUGUUUGUUUGUUUUUGUUUUGUUUGUUUGUUUUUUUGAGACAAGGUUCCUGUGUGUAGUUUUAGUUCCUGUCCUGGAUGUCGCUCUGUAGACCCGGCUGGCCUCGAACUCGCAGAGAUCCGCCUGGCUCUGCCUCCCGAGUGCUGGGAUCAAAGGCGUGCCUGGCUCUCCAGUGGCUGUCUUAGCUUAUAGCACCUUGCUCUAGUCUCUGCUUUAGUGGUCACAUUGCUGCAUCCUCUCAGCAUGUACCAGCUCCUUCAGCCCCCUCUUACAAGGACACUGGCAAGACUGGGAGUGACCAUCAGGCACACCAUCUUAAAUGGGAAGAGGCUUAGAGACCAGUGGGUGAGGGACAGAAAAGGAGAGAGAUGGCUUUGCCUGGGAUGACGGUGGGGUGAUGAUCCCCUUGGGCAGAUGGUAGAUGUUGAGAUAAAGCGAUGCCCUUAGCAUUCCAUCUACACAGAGUGGGCAGUGGUUGGUGCUGAGGAGAGGGAGGCGGGGAGUGGAGUAGGAGAGGAGACGGUCCCAGCUGCCAGGAGUUUUCACAUCCUUCCUCCACUCCUGUGCCAGCCCACACUUCCCUUUUCCUCCUUCGCGUCUCCUAGAAGAAGGUGGUUGAAGCAUUUGAAGAGGGGUUAGCAGCCAGCUGCAAGCUGACCCGGGGUGUUUCGCCUUUCACCACCCGCCUCUCAGCGGCCAGGAACACCCCUAUCCUGGCAAGAGCCAGAAGGUGAGCGGGCCAGCUUCUGCAUGCACAAGCGAUCAGCAUCGUGGGGCAGCACAGACCACCGAAAAGAGAUCACCAAGUUGAAGCAACAGCUGCAGAGGACGAAGCUGAGCCGCAGUGGGAAGGAGAAGGAGCGGAGCUCCCCUGUCCAAGGGGACCAUGCUGUUCGGGGAAUGGUGAGGGCACCCCUUCCCAGCUUCCCCCCAGGGUCCCCUGUCCUGCGACUCAGCCCUUGCUUGCACAGAAGCCUGGAGGGACUCAACCAGGAGCUGGAAGAGGUGUUUGUGAAGGAGCAGGGUGAAGAGGAGCUGCUGAGGAUUCUUGAGGUCCCUGAUGGGCACCGUGCCCCAGCUCCUUCACACAAUAGCAGCUGUGACCAUCCCCUCCUCCUCCUGGAACCAGGCAACAUGACCAGCUCUCCCUCUGUGCCCCUGGCAUCCCCUCAGCCUCCUGGCCAGGCUAGCCGUGAGGAGCACCGGGGUGCCACUGAGGAGCUGACAUCCAUCCCCAGUGACAAAGCCUCCUCUCCAGGCCGCCCAGCCUUCCUAGAAGAUGGCAGUCCAUCUCCAGUCCUUGCCUUUGCUGCCUCCCCCCGGCCCAAUCACAGCUACGUCUUCAAACGGGAGCCCCCAGAAGGCUGUGAGAAAGUCCGUGUGUUUGAGGAGGCCACGUCCCCAGGUCCUGACCUGGCCUUCUUGACUUCCUGUCCUGACAAGAACAAAGUUCACUUCAACCCGACUGGCUCAGCCUUCUGCCCUGUCAGCUUGAUCAAGCCCCUCUUCCCCAGCAUGGGCUUCAUCUUCCGGAACUGCCCCUCCAACCCUGGCUCUCCUCUUCCCCCUGCCAGCCCCAGGGCACCACCUCGGAAGGAUCCAGAAGCUUCCAAGGCCUCCUCACUGCCAUUUGAGCCAUGGCAGCGCACCCCACCAUCAGAAGAGUCCGUGCUUUUCCAGAGCUCCUUGGUAGUCUGAGCCCCACCCCACUCCUUACACAUACUCUUACCAUGGAGACUAGUGCCUUGGUGGCAAGCUCCUCAUUAGCUCCCCAAGCUGGGGGGUCGAGGAGCCCCUUCCCUCUUGGCCUUUGAGCACUUUCAUUUAUUGUGUCAAAGCUCCAGGUCCUUUGGACGUCAGCCCCUCCAAAAGGGAGGAGACUUACCUUCUCCACUAGCAGCUAGGCAGCUCACAACUUACACUUGUGUACCUGCGGCUUCCCUCACUUGCUAGAAGGUCUCGAGUCUUCUAGCCCAGGGUGUGAGUUCCAAUGACUUAUAGGAGGCUCUUGUUAUGGAACAAGUUGGCUGUGAAUGAGAGAGGGGAGAUGCCACAGACUUCCUUACAGCCCCACCUCUAGAGACAGAGGAAAGCAGACCAGAUGCCUUCCUCCUAGAGGAGCUGACCAAAGUGGUCCUCAGGGCCAGAACACUUGACCAAUUCAGCUGUUGGCAGGGGGACCACGAGAUUUCCCAAGUGGCAUUUUCAUCUCACUUUUACCCUGACUAAAGAUUGUCUUAAGCAGCAUCCCAGCCCAAAGUGGAUAGUGGGAAGAGGGAGAGCUGGCACUCCUCCAGGUGGCAUGUAGUGGCUCCAUACCCUCCACCUACCCCAGGGUUGGGUUGGAUUAGAAAAAUGCCUAUUUUUCUUGUAUCGAUGUAGAAACUCUAUUUUCUCCCAAAGACACUAUUUUUGCAACUAUUUGAAGUUUGUAUAUUUUCCAUACUGCAGAGCUUACACAAAAUUGAAGAAUGUUAAUGUUCGAGUUUUCUUAUCUUGUGUUUAGAGGUUGUUUUUUGCAGAUCUUGAUGUUAAUAGACCAAAUAAAUAAGUAUUCCAGCA